UCGGAGGUCCUGCUGCGCUCUCCGCCGCGCUCUCCCUCCACUAGCCGCGCUGCGCGGUGCUGCGCCCUCGCUGGUGCCUCUCUCCUGGGUCCCGGCAUCGGCCCCCCUUCCAGGCACGACCCCCUCCCCCGGCCCCUCGGCCUUCCCCCCACUCGGCCAUCUCCGACCCGGGGCGCACGUUCCCCCCGGCCCGGCUCCCUUCCUCCCUCCGGGGGCACCCGCUCCCUAGCCCCGGCCCGGCCCUCGCAGCGGCGCAGCACGGAGUCUCGGCGUCCCAUGGCGCAACCCACGGCCUCGGCCCAGAAGCUGGUGCGGCCGAUCCGCGCCGUGUGCCGCAUCCUGCAGAUCCCGGAGUCCGACCCCUCCAACCUGCGGCCCUAGAGCGCC